CGUCAUUUCUCAGACAAAACAUACUAUCUAGUUUUUCUCAGGAUUUUAUGGACACAAUUUUGACGUGGUAGUUUUAACAGUAUUUCUUUUAAAUAUUUUAAAGCAUGGAACGAAUCAUAAACGUAUUUUGGAUUGUGUGUUUGUGUUUCAUAAGUGUUAACUUCGAUAGAAAUAAAAUAAUUCGCUACGACAGGAUUACGAUUUCGUAAAUCGGGUUUUGGGUCAGAAUGGUUAGCAUUCGAUACAAACGCUAUCAAAAAAUAGUGUGGUUUAAAAUACAUUUCGUUAAUAGAAAUGGAAAAACAGAAAUGGAGUUCGACAAACUUUGAAAGGGAUGGAAGAACAGAAAAUGGAUGUGUAUAUCGUUGUAAAUUUAUUGUUAUAAGCAAUGGAUUAAUGUUGUCAUUAAGCGAGAGGAGAGCAGACGAGAUAAUACAUACACAAAUGGACAAUGAUCAGCGGGUUCCACUUCUUGAACAGUCAUUCGAUCUCCGUUACAUAAAUCCGGGGUUUCAAGAUGAUUGUGACGAUACGUCUUCCGGUUACUGCUCGAGUGAUUACUCCGAUACGCAAUCACUGACAUCAAAUGAGUCAAUAACGUCAUUUUGGUCGAGUACGUCACGUAACAAACGGGGUAACCGUAUGACCUCUAGCGACGAAGAGCAGCACAUGAAAUUCCAGACUGCGCAUGCGUUAUGCGAGAGCAUGAAGUUAAUCAUCGAGAUGCCCGAGAUGUGUGACCUCACGUUUCUGGUUGGACCACGUGACGUGCACGUGUACGGCGUUCGGGCCAUAAUGGCUACUCGCAGCAGAAUAUUCUACGAUCUGAUCAGGAAACAUAUGUCCAUUAAAAAUUCCGAAGAGAAAGUGCAGAGUAAGAAAGGAAAGUCUAAAGACACCGCACCCGCAGGAAUUUCGUGGCCCUCGUCGGAGAAACUCGUGAUUCCUGUCCGGAAAUACGACGCCGAAGUGUUCCGACUGCUGGUGCAGUUCGUGCAUUGCGGUACAGUGAACAUAAACGAGGACACGGUGGUUGGUCUAUUCUGCGGAGCCAGUCAGUUUGAUCUGCGGGAUCUACAGCGGGCCUGUCUUGAUUUCCUGGAGCGAUGUGUAAAACUCGGCCGUACAGAGAAGAUCCUGCGUCAAGGACACGGUUACAAUCAGCAUUCGGCCGCAAGGAAAAUACUUGAUAAGGUUUACAGCAUUCGAAGUGAACUUCGACAACAGACGUUCGUGUAACAUUUCUCGACUUAAUAAUUCACGUUUAUAAAUCUGUGCUUUUAUUGUUUGUUGUGCUUAAAGUAAACAGUUUGACAUAUA